UCACAGUUAUCAGAAACCGCCUUUAUAACAAGUCCAAUGAAAUAAUAAAGACCCUUAAUUCCUUCUUUAUAAAAGACACAAAAAUCUGGAUUUUCAUUGCACAGAUGGCGGAUUUUCAAGGAUACAUCCAACUCCUGAUCAUUGGGUUAGUAUCGUUGACUCUCGUUCGAGCCAUUUUUACCAGAAUACAGAGGAACCUUAAUCGCCCUCCCAGCCCAUUGGCCUUACCUAUCAUAGGUCACCUUCACCUUCUUGCUCCCAUCCCUCACCAAGCUCUUCGCACCCUCUCGCAGCGCUAUGGACCCAUCAUCCAACUUUUUCUGGGCUCUGUUCCAUGUGUUGUGGCUUCCACUCCAGAAACCGCCACUGAGUUUCUCAGAACUCACGAGGCUUCUUUCUCCAACCGUCCUCAAAAUACUUCCGUUGAUUUCCUGACCUAUGGCUCCCAGGACUUCUCUUUUGCUCCAUACGGCCCCUACUGGAAGUUCAUGAAGAAAUUGUGCAUGUCGGAACUUCUCGGUGGCCGGACGCUAGACCAGCUCCUUCCGGUGCGGCGGCAGGAGACGGUGAGAUUUGUCAGGCUUCUGCUGGACAGGGCCGAGAGGGGUCAGACCGUGGAUGUGGGAGGAGAGCUGUUGACAGUGUCGAACAAUAUCGUGUCCAGAAUGCUCAUGGGCCAAACGUGCUCCGAGGAUGAUGUCGAAGCUCAAGAGAUAAGGCAGCUUGUGAGAGACACCGCCGAGCUCACUGGAUUGUUCAAUGUUUCGGAUUUUAUCUGGUUUUGCAAGAACUGGGAUUUGCAGGGAAUCAAGAAAAAGGCAAAGGCACUGAGGGACAGGUUUGAUACUCUCAUGGACAGAGUGAUAGCAGAACACCGAAAGGAAAGGAGGAAGAUGAAGGAAGUAGGUGAAGUUUAUCAAGCGAAGGAUCUGCUUCAUAUCUUGCUAGACAUAUACGAAGAUGAGAGCUCAGAGAUAAAACUGAACAUGGAGAAUAUAAAGGCCUUCAUCCUCGACAUAUUCAUGGCAGGAACAGACACUUCAGCCUUAACGACGGAAUGGGGUCUGGCAGAGCUAAUAAACCACCCAAGUGUAAUGGAGAAAGCGAGAGAAGAGAUGGACAGUGUAAUCGGGAGGAACAGGAUAGUGGAAGAAUCAGACAUUCCGAACCUUCCCUACUUGCAAGCUAUAGUGAAGGAGACUCUGAGGAUUCACCCUACAGGUCCAUUAGUAGUGAGGGAAUCAAGUGAAAGAUGCAAUGUGGGGGGGUUCGAGAUCCCAGCGAAGACGCAGCUGUUUGUGAACGUGUGGGCCAUAGGGAGGGACCCAAACCACUGGGAAAAGCCAGAGGAGUUCAGGCCAGAGAGGUUCAUGGUGAGCGAAGAAGGAAGAGGGAAGAAGCAGAUAGACGUGAGAGGGCAACACUUCGAGCUGAUUCCAUUUGGGAGUGGAAGAAGAGGGUGUCCUGGAACGUCGCUGGCUCUGCAGGUAGUGCAGACGAAUCUGGGGGCAAUGAUCCAGUGUUUCGAGUGGAAGGUGGAAGGAGAGAAGGCGAAUGUUGACAUGGAAGAGAAAGCAGGGCUCACUCUUUCGAGAGCUCAUCCUUUGCUUUGUGUCCCGUCCCCUAGGCUCACUCCUUUCCCUUCUCUGUGAGUUGCGCUUACUCUUUUUUUUUUUUUUUUGAAUUACAUAGGCAAGCCAAGGCUUGAAGAGUUCCGCGUACUUUUGUUUGCUCUAAAAAACAGGGUUCGCUUUCGAAAGCGGAGGAAGAAUCACUCUAGAUCUAAAUCAUUGAAUUGAAUUUAAUGAUUGAGAUUUGAUAAUUUUUAAAAAUAUAAA